AGUCUUGCAAUCAUCUCAACUGAGAAGCCUCAGUGUCAUGUGAUAGGCUGCUUGCCAGCAUCUUGAACGAUAAAGGAAGAUCCACACCAGCAUUUCCACUUCAGAGAGAGCAAAACAUGGCCCGGUCUCGCAGCAUGCAGUCUAUUUGGAUAGUCUUUUGGGUGGCUUUAUGGAACAUAGUGGCCAGCUUUACGCAAACCUCAACAAUUCAAUAUGUCAAGCUAAAAAAUAAUAUCAACAUCAUGUGUCCAGCCAAAGAUGAAAAGGAAGCAGAAAAGGGUGCCUAUUGGUACAGACAGCGCAAUGGCACACAGAAAUUUGAAUUUGUAAUUCACAUCAGUGUGAUCUCUAGAGAAACCAGAGGACCUGGCAUUACCAAUCGUUUUAAAGGUUCCAAACGAGAUAGCAUGAAGCCCACCUUUACCCUGAAGAUCAGUGAUCUCCAUGAAGAGGAUAUUGCAACAUACUACUGUGCUCUGUUCACUCAGACAAACCUAACAAUGGAAAGCAUGACCAAGCUAAUACUUGGAGACCAACCUACAACUCCGCCACCAAUUCGUUCUACUGUGAGAACAAAAAAAUAUUGUGUCUGUAGAAACUUAAAUUCUAACAAUCUAAAGUCAAAAGGUGCUUAUUGUCUACCAAAGAUCUUAGGGCCCCUGUUGGGAACAGCGGCUGUUUUGUGCAUUUUACUGGUCUGCACUUUAUAUUACUUCAGUAAACUCCCUAAGAAAUGCCGGCAUGGAAUGAUAACAAAGAAGCAAAUAAGAUAGAGUUUAAUAUCACAUGCUAUCCAUGGAAAAUUUAAAGCCUUUGCUGAGAAGUGCUGGUACUGCGUGGGACUUGGCUUGAGGAGAUCUUCAAAAACGCUUACUAUAUCAAGACUGUAAAUACCUGCAACCAUUUCAUGGAAAAUAUGAAUAGCUUUUUAUUUGCUAUAGAUUUAGUGCAAAAAAUUGUAUAAGCCUACCUGCACUGAAAGAGAUUGUCACUUAAGUCUUUUGUCCAUUGCCGUAUCUCCCAAGAAGACCCUUGAAGUACAAUAAAUAGCUCCGAGUUGAAGAACUGUCCGUAUCUUAAGUCUUCACAAAACUGGGCAAAUAUGCAAAAGAAAGACUUAAUUUUUACAUAUUCUUAUAUUGUUAAAUAAAGGUGAUUCGUGGUAAUGAUUUUGUAUAAAUCAAUGUUUGCUGUUUUAAUCGUCAUGUAUGUUCGACUACAUAUGAGGUGUUGCGGUAACAACACCCAACAUUUUCUGUGUUUGUUCUGGAGAUACAUUGUAAUCCCGAGGUCCUCAGAUUCAGGGCUGGUGGGCCGCAAUGGCUGCAGGGUUUUGUUUCAUCUCGAUUUCUUAAUUGUUUGCCUUUGCCGAUGAUGAAGCUUGUUAUUUGAUUCAGUUUUGAAUUUAAUUCUAUCACGUCAGGUCGUUCUUGUAUCUAAUGUUAUUUAAAUAAUUUGUAGCGUGAGUGAAGUAAUGUUCUGCCAUUUACCUUUUUUCUUCCGUUUCUUUCCAAGUAGUUAUUAAAUAGAUACAUCAUGAUACAGCGACAAAGGUGUAAACGGGGCCUUGCUGGUUCCUAAGUCUUUUUUAGCUCAUUAUUAAUUGUAAACUUAGGUAAAACAGGAUUUAAGAUUAAAAGAAGUAAUUAAGGGCCGUGAGGCUCAACGAGUAAAUUAACGAAAAUAAAACACAAACAUAUUCUUUUAGUAGCAGCAAUUAGCUCCUAAUUAAGGAAUUUGGGUUGGGGGAAAAACGGCCAUCAAAUGUCUUGAAAGUUCAUAUUCCUAACAUACUAAAACGAAACAUUUAAUGAAAAAAUAUCCUUUUUAAAAGGAAAGAAAAGGUUAAAAAGAAGCUUCGAGUUUUCAAAGUACUUACAGAAAAGACGAUAUUGCUGCGAAAUUGACCAAUGUUUUUUAAGGGUGAAUCGAUAAGCAUACGUAGACUUUUCAUUGCUAUAUAUUGUUUCGGGCUGAUCUGUUCUUCCACUCAUUUAUUGUCAUUUUAAACGAAAUAUAUAAUUUCAGGAUUAAAUGAUAUUAUUAUUCAACUAGUAGUAUUGUUGUUGUUGUUUGUUGCUCCAUCAAUUUUUUUAUGCUGCUAUUUAAUUUCAAGGUGGCAGGACCUUGAAUAGCAAUACAGGCAGCUCAGUGCUUGAGAAAGCGUUCAACUCUAAAACGGAGAAUCAGGAUAUUAUCCAUCCAUCCGUUAUCCCACCCGCUAUAUCCUAACUACAGGGUCACGGUGGCCUGCUGGAGCCAAUCCCAGAUAACACAGGGCGCAAGGCAGGAAACAAACCUCAGGCAGGGCACCCACGCACCCACACACUCAGCACACUCGAGGGACAAUUUCGAAUCCAUGUCUUUGGAUUGUGGAAGGAAACCUUAGCACCCGGAGGAAACCCACACAGACACGGUGAGAACAUGCAAACUCCACGCAGGGAGGACCCGGGAAGUGAAUUGUUGUUGUGGAAAAAAGGAGCCAUUGAUCAGCAAAACGUGGUAUAAGAGAGAGACAGUGUAGGAUAUACAGUAAAAUAAGCACAGAAAAUACUUCAGAAGACCACCAGUGAAACUCUUAACAAAGUAAUUAAAACUCAGCAAAUUAAUACAGUGAAAAACUUGUAAUGAAUGACAUUUUUUUAAUGAAGUAGUGAACAGCUGUAAAAGUUACUUUCUAUUUUCAUCAUUAGAAAUGUUUCUGAAGCCACCAUAACAGUUAAGAAAUACCAAUUGCAAAUGUUUUAUGUAAUUUAUAGGUAUAAAGUAUCCAUAUGUUAUUCCUUUUAGUAUUUAAUGCUUCAGCAAAAACAGAAUCAAAACUGAAUUACAUUAAAUUGGUUCUGCCAAACUAAGCCAAAAGAUGUGGUCAUUCAGUUUGUGGUUGCUUAUAGUUCCAGAUUUCAUUUUUUUUUAGGCAUACAGAGAUUGUUGCCCAAACAAGCAUGUUAUUCUAUAAUAAAUGUGUUUAAAUGUUGUAUUUACAUGUUAGAGAUAUGAGUACUACUUUAAUUUUUUUUUUGUCCCAUGAUAAAACCAAAUAUGCAGCAUGCUCAAAUAGUCUAUUGUUAAUCUGUUAUUGUUCUGGAUGUAUUGUUUCUCUAUUAAUGAGGUCACCAAGGGUGCAUACAUUGUGAAUUUAAUGUUAUUUUAAUCGAAGGAAUGAAGGACUUGAAUCAUACAUUUUCAAGAUUAAAAAAUAAUUCUUUAUAAGGAAACAUUUGAAAAAUAUUCUUUAGUAUUUCCUUUUGUCAGUCACAAGCAUCCUGAUCUUGAACAUGCCUAGGUUGCUCAGUUCAUUUAUGAAGAUUAUUUUGGCCAAUUACUCAUUUUCAAAUUGUGCUGUAGAGAAUGCCAUUGAUUAAAUCAUUUCAAAGUGUUUUGAUAGCUUCUCUACUUUUUGCUUAUAAUGGGUUUCACUGAAAUCUCAACAUUAGAUAUUUAUUUAAUUUAAUUGGAAUGAGGUAGAUUGACAAGGUAAUAAUUCAAGCAAAUAACAAAGCACAUAUUUGUUAUUAAUUUCAGUUUAUUUUAUAGUUGUAAUUUGUUACAAAUACAGUAUGCUUUCUCAA